AUGGCGAGAGUCGCUAGAAUGGUUCUUGACCUCGCGCUAGCGACAAGUAAAGCCUUAAGGCCUCCGUUUGCAACUGCAUGGCAAUAUGCUAAAAUAGAAAUCGUGCCUCCAAUGACAAUUGCUUUCUUCAAUGGGCCUGCCGGCAAAAACUUGGAAAACAAAGUGGCACAGUUUGUAGACGGCUUCAUCAGCGGUUUGGAAACAAAAAUUAAAGAUAUGGAUGAAGCCGAAGCACGCGCUAUCAGGGAGAAGGAAGCCAAAUUAAAAGCUGCAGAGGAAAAGGCAAAGGCCAAAUUGAAGGAACAACAAAAAAAACAGGCCGCAGAAGCAGCAGCGACAGCCAAAAAGGCAGAGGAGGCCAAAAAGGCCGAAGACAAGGCGAAAGAAGAGAAGGCAAAAGCAGAAAAAAAAGAUGAAAAGCCAAAAGAGGAUAAAAAACCACCUAAAAAGUGA